AUGGACCGUGGUAAGAGACAGCGCUUGUCUGGGUCACAAUACAAGAAAAUUAGGCUUCAACGUGAAGCAAAUUCUGCCAAGCAGAAGAAUGCUUUGUUGCACUUUUUGAGCAGGUCAUCAAGCGAAAAAGCACUGGCACCUAUAGUAGCUUCAACUUCAAACCAAAAUGAAGUUGAAAUUGAAAUCGAAAGCGGUGUAGAAAUAGAAUAUGCGGAUAGUGUUAGUGUUAAUGAAUAUAGAAAUUCUGGAAAUGAUGAUACUGCUAAAGAACCAGAAAAUGUUGAUGAAGUGGAAUUUAUCUCCAAUUUAAGUGAAGUUGUUGUACAGAACGUCGAUGAUAUAGGACAAAAUGAAAACAAUGAAGAUCAAAGUGGUGAAGACCCCAAAACCAAUAAAGAUUUGCCUCUUAAUUUUAAUGAUCCGGCAAAAUGGCCUGUAAUAGAUGGUAAAUUUAAAGCAUUGCUGAUGAAGUAUGGUCCAAUUCAAAAAUUGCCGUCUUUAUUUCCCGAAGAUGAACAAGGUAGAAAAUUUUCAAGCUUUCAUUUUUAUCGCCGAAUGUCUAAUGGCGAUAAAAUUAAACGCACUUGGUUGGUGUACUCCAUUACGAAAGACACUGAAUUUUGCUUUUGCUGUAAGAUAUUUAGUCCGAAUAAAUUCUCCCUGUCAUCACAUGACGGCUGCCGAGAUUGGAAAAAUAUUUCUGUUAUUAUUAAACGACAUGAAACAUCAAGUGGCCACACUACUGCAUAUCUAAAUUGGAGAGAUCUGGAGGUGAGACUUAAAUCAGGGGCUACGAUUGAUCACAUUAAUCAGAAAAUAAUUCAAUCUGAAACUCAACAUUGGCGACAAGUUCUUGCAAGAAUAAUAACGUUAAUUAGAACUCUUGCUGGACAAAAUCUAGCAUUAAGAGGAACAUGUGAAAAGCUUUUCGAACCGAAUAACGGAAAUUUUCUUAAAUUUAUUGAAUUCUUAGGAAAUUAUGAUCCUAAUAUGAGUAAACAUAUUCAACGAAUAACAACAAGUGAAAUUCACACCACCUAUCUCGGAAAAACUAUUCAAAAUGAAAUCGUUGAAUUGCUUGCUAAUAAAAUCAAAAAUGACAUCUUAGCAAAACUAGAGCGAGCAAAGUACUACUCACUUAUUUUAGACUGUACCCCCGAUAUAAGCCACAUGGAGCAGAUGACAGUUGUUUUUAGGUUUGUCAGUGCAACUGAAUUAUCUUCGGAAAAACCAGCUGAAGUCGUAGUUUCUGAACAUUUCGUAACUUUUCUUGAAUUACAAGACACAACGGGAGCAAAUAUGACAAACGUUGUUAUCGAUAAGUUGCAGGAAUUAGGCGUAAAUCUUGAUGACAUGAGGGGACAAGGGUACGAUAAUGGAGCCAACAUGCGCGGAAAAUAUAAUGGUGUGCAAGCCAGAAUUCGUCAACUAAAUCCUCGAGCUUUUUUCGUUCCUUGUAGUGCCCACUCGCUCAACUUGGUAUUGAACGAUGCAGCUAAUUGUUGUAUGGAGGCUGUCGCAUUCUUUAAUUUAAUUCAAGGCAUUUAUAACUUUUUCUCAGCAUCAACUCACCGUUGGAGUAUAUUAUUAAACCACCUAAGCGAUCUGACUACAAAACCGUUAAGUGCCACUCGUUGGGAAAGCAGGGUCGGUGCCGUACGGGCAUUUCGAUUUCAGAUUAGUGGAGUUUACGAUGCACUAAUUGAAAUCGCAGAAGACAAUACAUUAAGUACUGCAUCACAAGUCAAGAGUCGCGCAGAGGCUAAGGGAAUAGCCAGAAAUAUUUCAAAUUUCAAAUUUGUUUGCUCCUUGGUAUUGUAA